CAGUAUUUCAGAUCCUCUGCCCUGUGGUGUGAGUGAUGGUGAUUUUAGAAUGGCUGCGAAACAGAAGAAAGGGAAACUAAUCCAGAAAUGAUGGGUGAAAUGCUAGCUGGCAUUUAAUGCUGUGAGAUAAACCCAAAGAGCAGAAAACUAUUCGAUAUCAAUCAGCGUAAGAUCCUAAGAUGACUAUUUGAACAACACAUAUUCUGCUUCUGUCUUACAUCAAAAUGUCCCUGUGUGCACCUUCUCUCAAGGAAUUUUCUCAAUUACUGCCAAUCCAGGACAUCGGAUGUAGUAAAGCCGAAAUUAAGAGCUCACCCUCUGGCAUCAGCUCUCCAGUCCCCUAUAGCUGCAAUCAGUCUGCUUUGACAGUCGAACACAGUCCAGUUUACAUUCCUUCGUCUUAUAUGGAAAACAGACAUGAAUAUUCUGCAAUGGCCUUCUAUAGUCCUACUGCGAUGAAUUACAAUAUUCCUAGCAAUUUCAGUGAUUCAGAAAGUGCACCUGUAAGGCAAACAACGAGUCCAAGUAUGCUGUGGUCUGCUUCUGGCCAUAUCUCGCCUUUGACAUUACAUUGCCAGUCAUCACUUCUAUAUGCAGAGCAACCAAAGAGCCCAUGGUGUGAAGCAAGGCCAGUGGAACAUAUGCUGCCUACGAGCAGAGAGGCAUUAAAGAGAAAAGCAAGUGGCAAUGAUUGCACAAGUCCCAUUGCAAAUGGUUCUGGCUCAAAAAGAGAUGCACACUUCUGUGCAGUCUGCAGUGAUUAUGCUUCAGGAUAUCACUAUGGGGUUUGGUCAUGUGAAGGAUGUAAAGCAUUCUUUAAAAGAAGUAUCCAAGGACACAAUGAUUAUAUCUGUCCAGCUACCAAUCAAUGCACAAUAGAUAAGAACAGGCGCAAAAGCUGCCAGGCGUGUCGCCUAAGGAAAUGCUAUGAAGUGGGAAUGAUGAAAUGUGGCUCAAGAAGAGAGCGCUGUGGGUAUCGUAUCUUACGUCGUCAUCGUAAUUCAGAGGAUCAAACGCACUGUAUUGGCAAAGCUAAAAAGAAUAGUGAAAAUGCUACCCGGGUGAAAGAAAUCCUCCUUAGUGCACUCAGUCCAGAGCAGUUUGUCUUAACAUUACUAGAAGCUGAGCCUCCUAAUGUGUUGGUGAGUCGUCCCAACAAACCAUUUACAGAAGCCUCCAUGAUGAUGUCAUUGACAAAACUCGCAGACAAAGAAUUGGUGCACAUGAUUGGCUGGGCAAAGAAAAUUCCCGGCUUCAUAGAGCUUAGUCUGUAUGACCAAGUGAGGCUCUUGGAGAGUUGUUGGAUGGAAGUUUUAAUGGUGGGUCUGAUGUGGAGAUCGAUUGAUCAUCCCGGCAAACUAAUUUUUGCACCAGACCUUGUUUUAGACAGGGAUGAGGGGAAAUGCGUAGAAGGAAUUUUGGAAAUCUUUGAUAUGCUCCUGGCCACAACGUCGAGGUUUCGAGAGCUGAAAUUACAGCACAAGGAAUACCUGUGUGUCAAAGCUAUGAUCCUUCUCAAUUCCAGUAUGUUUCCACUAUCAGCAGAAGAGCCUGAAAGCAGCCAGAAGCUCCAUCACUUACUUAAUGUAGUAACCGAUGCUUUGGUGUGGGUUAUUGCGAAAACUGGGAUCUCCUCACAGCAGCAAACAACUCGCCUUGCUAACUUAUUGAUGCUACUAUCUCACGUGAGGCAUGCAAGUAACAAAGGCAUGGAGCAUCUUUUGAGCAUGAAGUGCAAAAAUGUGGUCCCAGUCUAUGAUUUGCUGCUGGAGAUGCUGAAUGCACAUAGCCUCAGAGGGCAGAGGAAAUCUGCAGUCACAGGCUCUGAAUUUGGCCUGUCAGAAGAAAGUGAGACUAGAGAUGGGAUGUGAAAUCUGACCGCACAGAAACUGCAUAAUGACCUGGAAGAGCAGGUUUGUAGGAAAUGGUGGGGAAAAAAGAGCACUAUUCCAUGGCAUGUAUACAUAUAUGCCUUGUAAGUAUAUGUAUAAAAGCCCUUGAGAUCUCGUUAUGAAAUUCCAUUGACCUUCUCUGAGCCCAUUUAGAUUUGCACACGUGACCUUGGAUAAGGCUAUAGAGCACCAUAUGGCUAGUAGGACUCGCGCCUUGUCGGUGUUUCUGACAUUGCAAUUACUUUGCACUCUCCUAAUGCCUUCUCAGAAACUCGCAAAGCACCUUAUGGACGUUCUGCCUCAGAGCAGCCCAGUGAGAAUGUUACCCUGGCUUGAAAGAUGGGUGUGCUGAGGCAGGGAGAAGCUAAGCGAUUAGCUUUUAAGGUCACACAGCAGGUGUGUGGCAGAACUGGGACUAGAUCCAAGGUCACUUGACUCCCAGUCCCAGCCUAACAUCAUCUGGAAUGUACAGCUGUGUUACAUCGCUUGGGAAGGAUCUGAUCACUGGGGGUGGUUACUGGCAAAAGAGUUGAUGUUUUAGCUAAUGAAAAGACCACGUGCAAAACAAAUGAAAUGAGUCUGUUUUGCAUCUAAAUAUGCAACCCUGGAACCCUUCCUCAGGCUUCGUGUAAAGCCAUUCAGAAUGCAUCCAGGACACUUGGCAGAUCAGCUUCGGACAUGCAGCAACCCAUGUACGGUUUCAAUGACAUGAUCCUGCCCUUUGCACUGUCCUUUUGUGCUUCAAAGUUGAAUCUGGCUGCCUGCUCCUGUUCAUGAAAUGCUGAGCUUGGGAAUUCAACAUUAGCAACCCCUGUUGCAGAUUUAUAAUAACUGAAAUAUGAAGUCAUCAAUAUGUUAGGGACAAAAGUUAAUGUUUAAUUGUGUGUUUUAGGAAGAACAAUGCUGUAUAACUUGGUGAUCUGGUUCUUGUAAAUGUGCUUUUUAGGUUAUUUCACAUUCUUCCUUUCACCUGCAGCUUCAGUACAGUUUCCUUGUAGAACACUUUGGGGGCAGGGGGCUCAGAUUAUGCAGAAUAUAUAACCGCGAUGAUGGCAGGAGGGAGGGCAAGGUAGGUGGAUGGGAGGCUCAGCUAGGAUCUGCCUUUACCUACCUGCCUCAUUUUGCCUCUUUUCUAUUUUCGAGAGGAAACUCCAUGAAAGUUGCUUUUCUAGGGGUGGCUGGCUUUUUGCACCUUGCUCCCUGAAUGAAGAAAGGCCAAAUGAUGCCUCUGGGAUGCUUCAUGUAUGGCAAUUUGCUUCUAUUUCACUAAAUAUGUCACUGUAUAAAAUGCCUGUCUUGUUGAUUUCUGCAUAUAUCUAAGAUGCACUGAGUCUAAGCACUGAUCUCUGCAUAUAUCUAAGAUGCAUUUCAGCUGCCUGUGUGAUAUUCUGUUUUUAUGCUGUAAUUGCACUUAAUCUUGGAAAGUAACACUGGAGGUUAGCAGACUUGACUAUUUCACAAUAGCAAUUAGUUUUACAUUAUGAACUUUUACGGAAGAGGUAACUACCUACCAGAGGUACCUAUCUAGAUCCUAAUUUGAAAGUCCCUCUAAGUCAGUGGGCAUCCUCUCAAGUGACAUCAAUGAGAUUUGGAUUGUGCCCUUAGUGAGGGCAAUUGUUCUCUUUAUUGACCAGUAUCUAUGCUGUGAAUAUUACUCACUUUUGAUCUGGAUAUUUUGAAGCCAAGGAUAUUGUAUUUUAUAGGAAAGGUGACCAAAAGUGCUUUCAGUGAGUUAGACUAUAUUGUCUAUUGACUUUUGAUCUUGUACUAUAGCAGAUGUUGAUGACAGUCUGAAAUCUUACCAGCUAUUUUUUUUUAAAUAAAGGGAACCAAUGUAUUUUUCUUAUACAUGUGUAAUAGCUGUUCCUGCAAAGGGAAAGAAAAAAUGCAGCUGCAGUCUUGAAUUUAUUUGGGCUUACCUGAAUUGAAGUUGUACUCAGUACUACAUGGACGUGCCUGAACAUUUUAAGAGUCAUAUUUUGACCUGGUCACCUUUUGACCUGCUCACCUGCCACACUGUUCUUCUUUCUGUUUCCAACUCUGUGCAACCCUGCAAACGUGCCUGUCAUUUGCACGUGCGCUAAGUAACUGGAAAGCUUGACCCUCCCUGUACAUAUAGCCGUGAAGCAGGUUUCUGAACACCCAUGGUUGUGCUUCUAAGUGGUAUCAAAUAUGUUGUUGAAGUCAGCAGGCUCUCCUGCCCCAUACUUUACUUUAACACAAGGGUCUUAAGUGUAGCAGUGGUAAUGAGGGCUCGUACUAUGAUUUACACGCAAGUAGAUUGGGUCAGAAUAUACUGUGGUCAAAUCUAUAUGCAAAGGGUGAACAUUUGUUCUGCUUUCUUCUUCAUCUUUUUUUUUUUUUUAAUGACCAAGAUUUUGAAAAGUGACUCCAUUUUUGGGUGGAGAUUUGAGCUGCUUAAAGGGACGUGGCCACACUUGUACUAGCCUUUCCUGGACCCCUUCCAGGAGCUGAAGUCUAGCAAAGGCGUGAAGGUGAGUGUGACGGACUCUCCCAUUGGUGGUGGCACUAGACUAGAGCACCAUUGCAACUGCUUAAGUUCUUCAGGGAUGUGGCUGAAACAGAGGCCAGGUCAGAAAGGCAAUCUGGGGCCUCAUUUAUUCUUAGUACAGCUGAUGAUUGUGUUUUGUUUUUAAGUCGGUCCUUGUCUUGCUCAGGACACGUGGGGCUAGGAGCAGUGUGUUUUUUGUGAGUCCGAAAAGAAGGUGUGGCUACAUCGCUAUUACUUUUUAUAUCUCGUUAGUAGUCUGAUUCAGCAAAGCACUUAAGCACGUUUAAGUCUUUUGCUAAAUCACAACCAGAAACGAGCCUAAAAAAAUUAUUUGUACACAAAACACACAAAUAGGUUAAAGUGGAUAGUAGGUAUUGUGUGUAUAUAUACUAUAUUCCCAUGAGUCAUCUGACAACUGAUCAAUACAAGAGCUAUAAUUUAUGAAGAUCAAGUACUAUCUGCUUUUAGAUUAUUUUUAUUUAUGUGUGUUAGUUGCUAGACAAAUAGCUAGGUAUUUGCAACUUAUCUUCAAUGCUUAAAAUACUGAUGACUCUAAUGAAUAAAUAAAAAAUGAUGCUUUACUAGUUUAGUCUGGCUCUGUAGGUAAAGGUGGAAUUUGUGAGCAAUCUAAAAACUAUGUGAUUUUAAAUCAAAAUUUUCUAGAUUAAAAUAGUCCUUCAAAUGGAGUACUGCACUCCAUAUCCUAGCGCCUCAGCUGUACUUUGGAGGUCUCUUAAGCAUUUGCAAUCUUUUACCAUGUCAUCUGAACCCCCGUUACAUCAUGUUCAGUAUCAUUUAUUCUUUCAUGGCUCCCAAAUAAAAACCAGACUGCUGUUUUAAGGAAAUGCUAACUUUUCCUUAAAGUUAGCUAAAUAAAUCAUGGAUUAAAUUUCAUCACAUCAUAAACUAUGCUAGUGGUUUGCUUUCAUGAUAAGCAGUUAGCAUCUCCAGUGAAUGUUAAUACUGUACAGGUCUUGUGAAUGUGCAUUGUUCUCAAACUUUUGUAUUUUAAAUCCUACUUCAAUGUGUUGAAAUUUCUUAUCUGUAUUUUGUAAAUUUAAAGAGAGAUUUACCUUCAUUGAACCAGUUUUAAAACUGAAAUGUUUUUAGAAUUGAAUUUGGUGCCUUUUCAAGUAUUUUGUGAAAUGCCAAUCAUGUGAAAAAAUGAACUUUUCUCAGCUGCUUUUUAUUUCUGUAGAUUUGCAGUAUUUUCCCAGUGAUGUGCGUUUCCUUAAAUUGUAGCUUGUGGUUAA